CUUCUUUGGGCGAAUAAGGCCACUAAUGGGCUGAGUACAACACUUAGUACAAAAAUAGGAAAAUACAUUCGCCCGGACGAAGUCCGGACGAUGCGGUCCAUGGACGAUGCGGUCCACGGACGACGCGGCCCAUGGACGACGCGGUCCAUGGACGACGCGGUCCACGGACGAUGCGGUUCAUAGAAAUCAGGCGACAUCUUCUCUCUUGGACGCUACGUGCCUCUGGGCGAUGCGGGUGUCCCGCUGGUGCCUUUUGGGCCGUUGAGUAUGUGGGCCAUGGGGUCCAGGCCCAUAUACUCUAUCAAAAACUUAUUGGAAAACUUUCACGAACUCUUACAUCUCGCACAACCCAUGGCGGUGGCUCAAGAGGAGGUCGUAUCCUUGGUACCACUUCUCUCUCGGUCGAGUCUCUUUCCUCUUCAAGCAUCUCCUCCUCAAAAACCAGUUCUUUUUCCUGAUCCCCAAUAGUCAUGUCCUUAUAUUUGUUUGCAAUUUCCUCCAUCUUCCUUUCAAGAAUGUUGAAAAUUUUAAUCGGUCACCUGCAAUUAAACCAAAACCGAAACACACCUGCUUCCACCUAUUCCGAAGAAGCUGUGCGAGCACAAACGAAGGCAGAACCCUGCCUCAAACGAUCGAUCACAAAGCCGGAGCACGACCCCUCCCUCCACGAUCGAGGAAGAAAAUCGGUGUAACAACACAAACCCUAGAGACCCAGACCCUAGGGAGACGUCCGCCUUCCAUUGGAUGACCUAGCUAAAUACUGUAAAUACGAACCAGAAAUACAAGUUAGGAGGCCGAGCUUAUAUUAGGGAAUUUUUAUUGGAUGACCAAAACUUAAGAUUUCAUUAUAUUAUCACUACAUUUCUACCACAAAUUUUUUCUUGGAAGGUCGAUCCCGUCAACCUCCCUUGUCUCAUCCACACCGGACACAAAAUUUUGUUUCACGAUCUUCU